AUGGUCUUCAAACUCGCAGUUACUACUGUUGCUCUCGCUGCCAUCGCCGGUGCUGCCAACUUCAGGCGCGUUACGUGCCCUGACGGCAACAUUGCCAGCGAUGAGGCUUGCUGUGCGUUCUUCGCACUUCGCGAUGACCUCCAGCAGAACCUCUUCGAUGGCGAGUGUGGCGAAGAUGUACAUGAGUCCUUGCGUCUCACUUUCCACGACGCAAUUGGAUUCUCGCUGUCUGGAGCCCUCAAGGGCACCGGAGCGGACGGUUCCAUGAUUAUUUUCAAGGACAUUGAACCAAACUUCGCCGCCAAUGACGGAAUUGACGACUCCGUCAACGCACUUUCGCCCUUCCUCACUCGCCACAACGUAACUGCAGGCGACCUUAUCCAAUUUGCGGGUGCCGUUGGAACGACGAACUGCCCUGGUGCACCUCGCCUGCAAUUCCUCGCCGGACGUCCGAAUGCAACUUUCCCAGCUGAUGAUAACACCGUUCCUCUGCCCCAGAGCGAUGUGACGACUAUCCUUUCCCGCAUGGAGGAUGCCGGUUUCUCUCCUGCUGAACUCAUCCACUUGCUCGCGUCGCACACAAUCGCGCGUUCCGACACGCUUGUUCCUGGUCACGAGGCCGUUCCAUUCGACUCCACACCAUUCACCUUCGACACUCAGGUCUUCGUUGAAGUCUUGCUCAAGGGAGUUGGUAUUCCUUUCGGCGUUAACAACACUGAUGGAGCCGAAGUCGACUCUCCCAUCCCACAAUCCGGAGAGAUGCGUCUCCAGUCCGACUUUGCGCUCGCUCGUGACCAGCGAACGGCUUGCGAGUGGCAGAGCAUGGUCAACAAUCAACAACUCAUGAUGUCCAACUUCCAAAGCGCCAUGGCCAAACUAGCAGUUGUUGGCCAAGACGUCAGCCAGCUCGUUGACUGCUCCGAAGUCGUACCCGAAGCGACGCCCCCCCUCGGCAAGCCCGCAACUUUCCCGGCUGGUACAACCCAAAACGACGUAGAACAAGCCUGCCAGGCCACACCAUUCCCAACCCUCUCCACAGACGCCGGCCCUGCAUCCUUGAUCCCAGCUUGCCCAGAUGGCGACACGGACCUCGACGACUGCCCGUCUUAA